UGUCAUAAAUCCACACUGUCCUCAAAUAAUGAAUACAUGAAACGUCUGGAUUGCAAGGUGCAGACAGAGAGCACCGAUGCAAACACAUAGAUGUAUAUAUUUGCUGCAAAAAAAUAGUUUUUCUUUCAUGAGACAACUGUGGUUGGACGAGAGGCAAUGAGUGCGGGAUUUCUCGCGAUAAUCCCUGUUGAUUCCGAUCCGGUUAGUGUUGAAUGAUUCUGGAAAGAUGGCGGUCAGCAUCCGAGGCCGUCCGAGCCGAAGCAUUCGGAUGCGAGGUCGGAAUGACAGUGGGGAGGAAAAUGUACCACUCGAUCUUUCCAGAGAUCCUUCAGACAACCUUCGGGAAAUCCUACAGAAUGUUGCCAAGCAACAAGGAGUCUCCAACAUGCGCAAACUCGGUCACCUGAACAACUUCAUAAAGCUUCUCUGCAAGGUAGGCCACUCAGAAGAGAAGCUUGGGUUUACACAUGAAGAGAUCAUCAUUUGUCUCCGGUUAGCGCUGUUGAACGAGGCUAAGGAAGUGCGAGCUGCAGGGCUGAGGGCUCUACGCUACCUGAUCAGAGACAGCACUAUUCUCCAGAAGGUCCUCCGUCUUCAGGUGGACUACCUGAUCGCCAGGUGCAUAGACAUCCAGCAAAGCAAUGAGGUGGAGAGGACACAGGCUCUCAGGCUGGUGCGAAAGAUGAUCACUGUGAAUGCACUGCUCUUCCCCUCGUCUGUCACCAACUCCCUCAUUGCCGUGGGCAACGAUGGGCUACAGGAGCGAGACCGCAUGGUUCGCGCCUGUAUCGCCAUCAUCUGUGAACUUGCUGUGAAGAACCCUGUGGUGGUGGCCCAGAGGCGUGGUCUCAGCACCAUUCUGAAGAACGUGAUCGACUGUCAGCUGAGCCGCAUCAACGAGGCACUCAUCACCACCAUCCUACACCUCCUCAACCACCCACACACACGCCAGUAUGUGCACUCGGAUGUGGAGCUCGAGCAAAUCCUGGCCCCUUACACUGACUUCCACUACAGACACAAUGCAGACACUGCAGAGGGGCAGCUCAAGGAAGACAGGGAGGCUCGUUUCCUGGCAAGUAAAAUGUCCAUAGUUGCUUCCUUUCGCUCCUGGUCAGGCAUCAUUAACCUGUGCAAGUCAGGCAACUCUGGAAUCCAGUCUCUUAUUGGUCUGCUCUGUAUACCAAAUAUGGAAGUAAGGAAAGGCUUAUUAGAGGUGAUAUAUGAUAUAUUUCGGCUCCCCAUGCCGGUUGCGACUGCAGACUUUAUUGAAGCACUUAUCAGUGUGGACCCUAGCAGGUUCCAAGACAAUUGGAGGUUAUCAGAUGGCUUUGUGGCUUCUGAAGCAAAAGUUAUCCUUCCACAUCGAGCUCGAUCAAGGCCUGACUUAAUGGAUAAUUACCUGGCGUUGGUACUGUCUGCCUUCAUCAAGAGUGGACUUCUUGAGGGUCUCGUUGAGGUUAUCACAAGCACUGAUGACCCCAUCUCUGUGCGAGCCACCAUUCUACUGGGAGAACUGCUUCACAUGGCCAACACCAUCCUCCCCCACUCCCAUAGCCACCACCUGCACUGUCUGCCCACACUCAUCAACAAGGCUGCCUCCUUCCACAUCGCCCAGGAGAAGAGACUACGGGCGAGUGCAGCGGUCAACUACCUGAAACGUUUCCACGAGAAGAAGAAGAGAGGACCCAAACCCAACAGCCUAUACCUGGACCACAUCAUCCGCAAAUCGAAGGCUUCUCACUACUGUAGAGAUCAGCACUUUAGACCACAGAGAGAUAUCUUUGUCAUUAAGGACACUGAGGAUGCUCUUAUGAUGAACCUGAGAGACAGCCACAUCCUCAACCACAAAGAGAACCUGGACUGGAACUGGGUUCUCAUCGCAACAAUAUUGAAGUGGCCAAACGUUAACCUGCGGAGCAAUAAAGAUGAACAAAUGCACAAGUUUGUACGCAGGCUGCUGUUCUUCUAUAAGCCCAGCAGUAAGCUGUACGCCAGCCUGGAGCUGGACCACAGUAAGGCCAGGCAGCUCACUGUGGUGGGAUGUCAGUUCAUCGAGUUCCUCCUGGAGUCUGAGGAGGAUGGGCAGGCAUACCUGGAGGACCUGGUGAAGGACAUAGUCCAAUGGCUCUCCUCUUCCUCGGGGCUCAAGCCUGACCGCGGUCUCCAGAGCAACGGGUUGCUCACCACUCUCAGCCAGCACUACUUCCUUUUCUUGGGCACUCUUUCCUCACACCCGCACGGCGUCAAGAUGCUGGAGAAGUGCAGUGUCUUCCAGUGCCUGUUGAACAUCUGUACUCUGAAAAAUCAGGACCACCUGCUGAAACUCACUGUCUCCAUACUGGACUACAGCCGUGACGGGCUGUCCAGGGUCAUCCUGUCCAAGAUCCUCACUGCUGCCACUGAUAACUGCAGGUUGUAUGCCACUAAACACCUGCGGGUGUUGCUUCGUGCCAAUGUGGAGUUCUUCAGUAACUGGGGCAUCGAGCUGCUGGUCACCCAGCUCCACGACCGCAACAAGACCAUCUCCAUGGAGGCGUUGGACAUACUGGACGAGGCCUGUGAGGACAAGGCAAACCUCCAUGCUUUGAUCCAGAUGAAGCCAGCUCUCACACACCUGGGGGACAAGGGGGUCCUGCUGCUGCUACGGUUCUUGUCCAUUCCAAAGGGCUUCUCCUACCUAAGUGAGAGGGGUUACGUCACCAAGCAGCUAGAGAAAUGGCAGAAGGACUAUAACCUGAAGUAUGUGGACAUGAUAGAGGAGCAGCUCAAUGAGGCUCUCACCACGUACCGCAAGCCUGUCGAUGGAGACAACUAUGUACGCCGAAGCAACCAAAGGUUACAGAGGCCAAAUGUUUAUCUUCCUGUGCAUCUGUAUGGCCAGCUUGUCCAUGAUAAGACAGGCUGCCAUCUACUGGAAGUCCAGAAUGUGGUUCCUGACCUAAGCUACACUGUCCGUUCCCCAAUGCUGGACAAGUGGGAGGGCAUCAAACAGCUAAAGGCAGCACUUUGGGCCUUGGGUAACAUAGGGUCAUCAAACUGGGGGUUGAACCUCUUACAGGAGGAGGGGGUGAUCCCUGACAUAGUGGUUCUGGCCCAGCACUGUGAGGUUCUCUCCAUCAGGGGGACGUGUCUGUACGUGUUGGGGCUGAUCUCAAAGACACGUCAGGGCUGUGACAUGCUGAAGCAGCACGGCUGGGAUGCUGUAAGACACAGCCGACGGACGCUGUGGCCCGUUGUCCCAGACGACAUGGAGCCCCCCCCCAACCCGCCCAGCCUGCUGUCCUCUGUCCCCUCCACCCUCAGCCUCGCCUCUGACUCCACCAGCUCUAGACACAACAGUGAGAGUGACUCCACACAGCCCAGUAAGUCUCAGCCCAGUAUGUACAUCAUGGACGAUGAGCGACUGGAGAACUGUGACCUGUCGGACGAUCCUCCCAUGUACAUGAGACCCAAGUACAAGGACCGCAGCCCCUUCACCCUCCUGGCUUCCAGCCACUUCCGCAACCGCCUCCUCCACUCUCUGUCGCUCUCCGGAAAGAUGCUGCGCAGCACCAGCGACCCCAAGGGCCCCACCAGGGACCACGGAGGAGGGAUGGAAGAGGAACAGGGACGCAAACGCACCGUCACUGAACCCAGCUACACCUUUGGAUCUUCAGACGUCUUCCCAAUCUAUAAUGACGGUCACCUGCCCAAAAGCCCGUCUGUCAACCUAGAAACUUCCAUUGUGGGCAGCAAGACCUCUGAAAACCAGGGCAGCACCCCCAGCUUCGGUGAGGGAGAUGGUGAGGGGAGGCUGCCAGGCCGGUCAGUGGGGGUAGGAGGGUCAGGGGUGGGGGAGAACCAGAGAGCGCAGACUAGCCGGGAACGCCUGGCCGGGGAUGGCCCGUCCGGAGGGGCUCAGUUUAAAUCGCGCAGUCAGAGCUUCAACACGGACACGACCACCAGCGGCAUCAGCUCUAUGAGCUCCAGCCCCUCCAGGGAAACCCUGCCCUCCACCAUCGACACGGACGGUGUCAGCCUUAACAGUGUGAUCAGCGCCCAGACCAUCCAGACCCUGACCUCCCUCACCCCCCAGCCCCACACCGCCCACCUCUCCUCCCUGUCCAAAUCCAGCUCUGCCUCCCUGGUGCCCCCCGGCUCCUCCCACACCCUCCCCCGCCGCGCCCAGUCCCUCAAGUCGCCCUCGUUGACCACCCUGAGCGGCCUGACGGACUGCAGCCUCAUGUACUCCAACUCCCGCGACGCGCUGGGCUAUGCCACACUGAAGUACGCCACUUCCUGUGACACGUAUGCCAGUCAGCGUGAUGCGCUGGGCUACGCUACUCUGAAGAGGCUGCAGCAGCAGAGGAUCCACUCGUCCCUGUCCCACAGCGAGGCUCUGGCCUCCCCAGCCAAAGACGUGCUCUUCACUGAUACCAUCACCAUGAAGACGGGCAGCCUGGACUCCAGACUCACCCCGCGGCGGUUCCUGAAGGCUCUGAGUUUUGCCUCCCUGGACAAGGAGGAUCUGCUGAGCCCCAUCAGCCAGAACACACUGCAGCGGUCCUCCUCAGUGAGAUCCAUGGUGUCCAGCGCCACCUACGGCAGCUCUGAUGACUUCAUCGGCCUGGCGCUGCCUGUGGACAUUAACAACAUGUUCCAGAUAAAAGAAACCCCAUAUUUCCAGAAGAGGACCAGCCCUCCCUCUGAGGACAGAUCUGCCAAAUUCUUCUCUGGAGACUCAGAUGGCCCCAGCCCUCACUCCAGGCAUGCAGUGCUUCGCUCCCAGCUGAGCAUCACAGAGCUGAUGGGGGUGAGCCGGGCGGAGCAGCAGAAGUUGCUGGGCUCAGAGGAGACUGGUCUACAGGAACACAAUGAUGACAACUGCCUCUACUGCACUGGUCUCUCUGUGCUCGGCUUCAGCGCUUCCAAUAGCAACCCAGACUUGACAGAGGAACCCCCUUUCUCAGAAUGGUGCGGUCCGCCUGUGCAGAACCACCCGGAAGUCAUGGGCCAAACCAAACUGUCAGGGGUGUCCGGGUGCAGUGAUGCUGUGUCUCAGGGCUCCCCAGGAAGCACCCGCAGCACUGAACUGAUUUUGGGAGUGAAGUCCAUCCCAGAGGAAUCUCCGGCCGGCAGGGUUCUCCUCAGGAAGGAGGUCCUGCGUCUCGUGGUCAACCUCAGCUCCUCUGUGGGGAUCAAAGGCCACGAGACUAACCUGCUAACGAUCAAGGAGAAGUUCCCCUAUGCAUUCGAUGACAUCUGUCUCUAUUCUGAGGUGUCUUACCUGCUUGCCCACUGCAUGUUCCGUCUGUCCGCACGCCGCUUCAUCCAGGAGCUCUUUCAAGACGUGCCAUUCAUUCCGAUGUACGAAGAGGCAGAGGCCAUCCUCUCCAAGCCCCCAAAGAAUGGACCGUCCGACCCUCCCGCUGAUCCCUGAGUCAACCCUACUGCCCUUCCCUUCUGUCUCAUAGCCUGUCAAACCCUGAGUCACCACUACUAAUCUUCCAGUCAACCACAACCCCUAAAGCCUGAAUCACACCCCACCCCUGGAACCUUCAGCUAACCCUCAACCCUCACCCCCGGAACCUUCAGCUAACCCUCAACCCUCACCCCCGGAACCUUCAGCUAACCCUCAAACCUCAACCCCCACCCCCGGAACCUUCAUUUAACACUCAACCCUCACCCCCGGAACCUUCAGCUAACACUCAAACCUCAAGCCUCACCCCCGGAACCUUCAGCUAACCCUCAAACCUCAAUCCUC